CUGCAAGCUCUGAAACGUACUUGAGCCAGCAGCUCGCUCACUUUCCUCAGUCAUUAAGUGACAGAGCGGACGAGGAAGGGGAAGGCAGAGAAACCAGGGGAGGUCUGACACCAUCAGCACUCACCACCGCGUCUACCAAACUCACACACCGAUAAAUGCAAACACACUGUGUGACUUUGAUUUACAGGGCAAGCGGGUUUGUAAAGCAGACCGAGAAAUGUGCACAACCUUUGCAGCCAGGACAAAACCUUAAGGGAGGUCUGGAUCCACAACAUGCUCAUGUGGCGCACGAGAGGAUUAUAGAUGACAGCCUGCCAAGGCUCUCGAGUAGCUUUCCAAACUGGAGGUCCACUGUAAGGAUGGAUGACUUAUCUUCAACAUCGAUGGUGUUCUGCACCACUUUUUAAUUCCGCAUCUACCCAACUGAGCGAUACUGAACCAAGACAUUUUUGUAGCCACCAGUACUCUUGUCUCCAGGCUGAUAUGAUGCUGUGGGACCACUUUGGCCAACUUCUGCUGGCGGCGCUUCUGGUGAUUGUAAGCUGUACAGUAGGUGAGCAGAGGAGAGCUCCGGAGAGUGGCGCUAGCAGCGCAGGUGGCGGAAGCGGGAGCAAUUACAGCAACAGACGCUAUCAUAGGAUCCAGCAUGGCCACUGCACCUACACGUUCAUCCUACCUGAAGGAGACGGUUCUGGAGGAGGCGCCUGUAGAGAGGCGAAAGCCGCAAACCCGCAGUACAACGCCAACGCUCUCCAGAGAGACGGUCCGCCGCCAGAGCCGGAAAUUGCCAGUCAGAAGAUCCAGCAGCUAGAGCACAUUAUGGAGAAUUACACCCAGUGGCUGCAGAAGAUUGAGAACUACAUCAAACAGAGUAUGAAGGCAGAAAUGGCCCAACUGCAGCAGAGUGCGGUCCACAACCAGACGGCGGCCAUGUUGGAAAUGGGCACCAACCUCCUGUCUCAGACAGCCGAACAGACGCGCAAGCUAACCGAUGUUGAAACACAGGUUUUGAAUCACACAUCAAGGCUUGAAAUCCAGCUGCUGGAAAAUUCUCUUUCCACCAACAAGUUGGAGAAGCAGUUACUAGUCCAGACAAAUGAGAUCAGUAAGCUCCAUGACAAGAACAGCCUCUUGGAGCAGAAGAUGUUGGAGAUGGAGGUGCGGCACCGUGAGGAGCUGGAGACAUUGAAGCAGGAGAAGGGGAGUCUCCAGAUACUAGUGGGGAAGCAGAAUGGUGUCAUCAGGGAGCUUGAAGAUCAGCUGAGCAGGACAACAGGCAAUAGUUCAGCAUUGCAGAGACAGCAGCAGGAGAUGAUGGAUACAGUCCACAACUUGCUCAACCUUUGUUCCAAAGAUGGAGUGGUACCCAACAGUACAAAGAAGAUUGAUGAAGAGAAGAAGUUUCGUGACUGUUCCGACCUUUACCAAGCUGGCUUCCAUAAGAAUGGAGUCUACACCAUCCAGAUCAACCCUCAGGAAAACAAAAAGGUGUACUGCAAUAUGGAAACAGCUGGUGGUGGAUGGACGGUUAUCCAGCGCAGAGAAGACGGCAGUGUGGACUUCCAGAGGACGUGGAAGGAGUACAAGAUGGGUUUUGGGAGUGUGUCCGCAGAGCACUGGUUGGGGAAUGAGUAUGUUUACCUGUUGACCAGUCAGAGGCAAUACGCGCUCCGCAUAGAACUGACCGACUGGGAAGGACGUCAGGCAUUCUCGCUUUAUGACCGCUUCCACAUCAGCAAUGAGAAACAGAACUACAGGUUGUUCCUGAAAAGCCACAGUGGGACUGCAGGCAGACAGAGCAGCCUCGUCAUCCACGGAGCAGACUUCAGCACCAAGGACACGGACAAUGACAACUGCCUGUGCAAGUGCGCCCUCAUGCUCACCGGAGGUUGGUGGUUCGAUGCCUGCGGCCCAUCAAACCUUAACGGCAUGUAUUUCGCCCAAGGACAACACGUGGGGAAGCUGAACGGCAUCAAGUGGCAUUACUUCAAAGGCCCCAGCUACUCGCUACGAGCCACAGCCAUGAUGAUCCGCCCGCUGGACGCAUCUUAGAGUUCUCAACUCGUGAACUUUUUUAAAACGUCUAAAAGGCUUCGUGGCCACAUUAGCAGGAUGACUCCUGUUUUAAUCUUAUAUCAUCUCAGUCACCCGACACAUCUUACAGUUAACCUUCUUCUAAAUGUGACUACGAAGCAUCGGCUGUUGUUGCACACAGGGUCAACAUAUCCAACUGUUUUUGGACUUCAUUGCAUUGCGGCGUUGCCGUUGGAGAUGAAGAUGGAGCUCCUGAACCCGGUUCAUGUUCAGCCGCGGUUAAAAACCUGAGCUACAUGAAGACUUAUGGCUUCAGGCGUGUGUUGUAAGAUUUUGGUGGACUUGUGCUCUUCUGUAUCUCCCUGAAUGGAAAGCAGCUGUGAAAGGACAACAGGACGAACUUUUAGAACUCCAGGAAAGAACUCGCCUGGAAAAGACAAAUGAGCGACAUGGGUUUUUUAUUAAAGUGUUACUCAUAGAAUUCCGCCUAUGAUAUAUUGUUUUUAUCUCUGUAUGCUCUGUCCAAAGUGAGCUCUGCUUUUUUACUGUAUAGGUGUGUGUGUGUGUGUGCGCGUUGAGUUAUAAGGUGGCCUGGAUUUGCGUGUUGAUGCGCAGCAUGCAUUUGCUGACAACAACAUUCUAAACCGUUAUUAUUGGAUACAAUUCUGGCCUGAGAUCAUCAUCUGAUUUUUGUUAUUGGCUGAUAAAGCAAGAACCCGUGCCAAUGUCCAGCCUGUGAGUUCUCACUUUUCCUCUGAAGAUU